GGAAAUACAAGUUACGUAUGCUCACAUGCAAUAUAUUACAUCUGCAACGAUCAUAUUCAUGUAUUCUGUUUUACUAGUGCCACGUCUUCUUGUGCCCCAUAAAUCUCUCCUCUGAUUCAUGUGUAGUUGGUAACUUGACGACCCUUGUUACACGCGAGUCUUGAAGCUAAGCUUCCUCAAUACUCCAUCGCUGAACAUCAUAAUCACACAUUUACCGCCAUAAUCCCGAUACCACAAAAGAGGAAUACUUGCGCUGUGCUUGACAAGAUCGUCCAGGUGGUAAAUUGCGCCACGAGUCGUGGAGGCGCUGAGCAAUCCUGAAGGACGGAAGACGGCGGAAGUGAUCUCUGGGCCUUUGAUGUCGUCGAGAAAGCUGUAAUGGAUGACCGCGAGAUCCCUUUGGGUCCAGGAAAGACGGCCCCGCGUUUGAUCAUCGAUCUCCUGGACUAUGACCCCAGAUAUCCCGUGAAAGGAGGAUGGAACGUACUCGCAGAUUUCCCUCCAGUAUUUAGAGAAGGUCAACUAUACUUGCGAAAAGAUUUGAGGGCUUGUCAUCAUAGUCUCUGCAAGAAAGAGGCCCAAACGAACGCUCCGAUUUCCAAUGAUCAACAGCCGGACAGAACAACGCAGUGGGUGGUGUCAACAUACUGCACACGAUGCCGGUAUCAUUUCAAGGUCUCGAUAGAUUUGUACCAACGCAGAAGCGGGCAAGAACCCUGCCAUUUGUUAGACCCAGAGAAUCCUUUGCACCACUUCCGUUUGGUGGAGUCGAUCGAUGGCAGGGAGUACAAGGAGAAGCAUGGCCCAAACAAAUAUGAUCUCCUCACUGAGGCUCAUAGAUUCGUUUGUACUGGUUCGAAGUGUCCAGCUGUUUUGGAAAUCCGAGUCUCGCCUCCUAGAUUGCCUAAGAAUGUGACAGCUUCGAUCAUGGACCCCGCCAUCGUCUACACGCGAGGGCAAAGAGAAAUCAAGAAUCAGCCUGAGAGAUACGCCGGACAGACACCAGUGACACCUUCUUCAGCAAUCGGAUACCUUCGACAGUAUCUCAGCGAUGCAAAGACAACAAGAGAUACCGGUGAAGUGAAGAAAAUCGCGCGGCGAAACAAAAAAUAUAUGCUUGCCUUUGCGGACGAAUGUGACGCGCUAUUCAACUAUCUCGAUUUCAGACCAAUAGAAGAGCCAGGUGCCGAACCGGGGGAGGAAGCUGCAUACUUCUGGCAACUUCCCACCAUCACAGACUCGAAUCGCCACUUCCUUGAAGACGUUGUCAUUGAACUUGAUAUGAUACUUCAAGGAAGACCACAAUCCGAGAAACAAGCAUCCAAUAUCACCAGAUAUCAAGCCAUCCAACCCUUGCCUGCGUUGAAGGAUAUUGAACGAAGUCUUGGCUAUUACGACUAUCCAAAGAGAUCAAGGACAGUCGAUCUUUCCGCAGAAGAACAUCCGCACUACCAGAGCUUGGGAGCGGUUGACUGCUUUACGGAUACCUUCUUAGAAUGGGCUUAUGAUCGACAACGGCAGUGCGAUCCUUUCAAUAAGCCCUACUACUUGGACUGUCUGACCGAUAUUGCCAAAGGUCGCGAUAGCUCUGACCUUCAGAUGAGAGUAGUCAUGGCUGAGUCCGCAAAUGAAUAUGGCCUGAAAACCAUCGAAAGUUCAUAUAAGUUCUUCGGUCUCGACGCAGAUACUCGGGAGGGAGAUGACCAUAUCAUGGGACUGUAUAAAUCUCGAAUCGAAUCAGCGCCACGACAAAAAGAUGAAGCUCGGCAAUGUCUUCUCGUCAUUGCUAAGCAUAGAGAUAGUGAAAAGAUCGAAGCGCUUGCCAACGACAGAACAAUGUCUUUCGAGGAAGCUCUUGACUUUCUAAAUGUCAAUAAGGAGACAGCAUCAGACAGCAUCGAAGCAGCCGCUGUGGCAGUGUCUCUUGAUGGGGAUAAAUCGAGAGUGGCCAAGGCACUUCAAGUCAUUGCGAAACACCGCGGCGGCGACUUCACUCUGUCAAGAGCUGCAGCCCAAAUGGAGAAUGGAGGUGUUGGGUCUGAUCUGGACAUCGGUGAUGCGUACAGUCGACUUCAGAUCAACAACAGGACUGUGCCAGACGAGACGAUCUUCGCCUAUUAUCAAAGUCUCACACAAGGUGCAUGCGCGCCGGGUUCAAAAGAUAGCUACACCCAGGCAUUACGAACCAUUGCUUUAGAGCGAUCAAGUGACUUUCUGCUACGAAAGAUUGAGGACCCGAAUGCCGAUGUCCAAGCCAGCACAGCCGAACCCGUCGGUCUUGACAAUAUUGGCAAUACCUGUUAUCUGAACAGUUUGCUCCAGUACUACUAUACUGUCAAACCUGUCAGAGAUAUGGUCAUUGACUUCGAAAAUUAUCGAAUGCCGCUGACAGUGGAAAACAUCAAGAACAAGAGGGUUGGAGGACGCAUUGUUGCCAAGUCAGAGAUUGAGAAAGCUCAGAAGUUUGUCGCCGAACUACAUAACCUGUUCGAGAAUCUCAAGACAGCAUCCUCAAGAUCCGUCAAGCCAACGAGAGAACUGGCCGAGUUGACAAUAUUCAGCUCAUUAACCGAGGCCAAUUUCCGUCGAGCCUCGAUCAGUAGUCCAUCUGGUCCUCCAAAUAUCGACUCGAUCAUGAACAUGGAUAGUCCUAUCAUCGGUCCGCAAUGGCCUCCUCCAAGAGAAGCAUCCCAAACAUCUUCAAUGACAGCCGAAGAUGAUAUCGAAAUGGUUGAUCGUCCUGGCGAGAAGCAAAAUGAGGCGUCCGACGACAGCAGCGAAGCAACUCUCGUUGACAUGGAUCAACUGCCAAGCUACGACGAAGUCGCGGGCGACAACAAGGACAAGAACACGUUAUCUGACGAAAAGAAGAACCAAAGUACGAACCACACUGCGGAUUUAGCAGAGCUAGAAGGGGACGCUGUAAUGGUCAACGGUGAAACCUCGCCUGUUGAAAGCCCACAAACUAUGACGGCCCCUGAAAAGCCACCUCCGAUUCCUCCCCGUAACAAAUCUGGUCUGGUUAUAUCAACAACCGAAAGCAAAGAUCUUAUACCUGAUGAUGAUUUAUGGAGAUUUGGUACCCAACAAGAUGUCACCGAAGUCAUAGGAAAUGUUACUUUCCGCAUGCAGUGUGCAAUCAAGCCGACGAGCAUCGAGGAAGACUCAGGUGAACAGAUUGAUAUCAUCAGAGAUACCUUCUUUGGUUCCAGCACAACCUAUACCCAAAAGGCUCAGAGUCUGGAGAAGAAAGUCGAAGCUUGGCCAACAAUCAUCGUGUACCCAGGCAAAGGUGUUAUCCGGGAUAUAUACGAGGCUAUUGACGUCGUUUUCGACGAGCAGAGAGUUGAGGUUGACAACACCGUUUGUCCUCAAUAUUCGUGCAUCAGUAAGCUGCCACCUGUUCUGCAGAUCCAGAUCCAGCGCACCGAUUACGACAAAGACUCGCAACGAUCAUCAAAGAACCGGACUGCAGUAACCUUUCCAGAAACAAUCUAUCUGGACAGGUACGUCGAUACUGGCGAUCCAAACUCUAUGGUCAUGAAGCGACGAAGAGAAACAUGGAGAUGGAAGGAGAAAUUACGAAAACUUGAAGCUAGGCAGGAGGCUUUAAAGAAUGCCGCAGAUGAGAUCCCCAUUCCAGAGGCUUUACUUGCCACCAAAGACCUUGUCAACACUCUUCAAGAAGCGGAGGUUGAGGAUAUUGAGAUAUUUCCUUCCCUUCCCGAGUUACUGGACGAGCGAUUGUCUGAAGUUACCGCAGAACUUGAGAACAUCAGUGGCCAGAUCCAAGCACUCAAGCAGAGUCUUCGUGAUCAGUUCACAGACAUGCGACAGUACGAAUACAAACUGCACUCAGUCUUCAUCCAUCGUGGUGAGGCUGGAGGUGGUCAUUACUGGGUCUAUAUCUACGACUUCGAACAUGACAUCUGGCGAGAGUAUAACGAUGAAUACGUCACCGAGGUCAAGGAUAGAAGACGAAUUUUCGAUCAGCAAGGUGGAGCUGCAGGAGGCACACCCUACUAUCUGGUCUACGUCCGUAGUUCAGACAAGCAGGACCUGGUCGACGCUGUAUGCAGAGAUGUCCAGGAGAUCCAGAUGACCGACCUGACGGAAACACGAAGUGACAUUAACAUGGUCAAUGGAGCAGACUUUCCUACAGGGGAUGUCGAGCAUAUUGAGCGUGCGAAUCCGAGACCUUUAAGGCCUAAGCCAGUCUCAAAUACUAUUGGCGGGUCAUGGGACGAUCCUGAAUGGCUCGAUAACCAACCAGCAGGAGCUCCUCUUGAUGCGAAUGGGCGACAAUGGGGUUAACCUGUGAUGCACGAUGGGUUGUAUUUCUAUGAUGUACGGGAGCGGCUCCCUGUUUUUAUGAAUGAUUACUAGCUUUGAAUUACGAGACUGCAGGCAUGUCAUGCAUUUGAUCAUCGGGCGAAGCGGAAAUGAUAUCCUUCUGGUAUGCAUUUUUGAAAGAUAAACAUGAAAGGCAUGGCGACGGGUCGUUUUCGAAUUCUUGUGCAUGGAGGUUAGCAAUACGGAUGGGAGCAAUGGGAGCUUGUGCUAUAGAUGUGUGAUUAUCUCUCAAUGCGAAAAUGAUUUUGC